UCAAAGAAGUCAUUGAUUUGGGUUUCAAGACUAGUUCAAAACCACCAGUCUUAUACCAACCAUCCAAUCUAUUUAUAUUUUCUUUCUAUCCAUGCAUGACUAUAUAACAUAGCAAGAUACUGAUAGAAGUCUUUGAGAGGAGGAUAUCAGAAUGACUCAAUAUGUUUUGGAAAUGGAUUCCGGAGAAAAGCGUCUCAAUGAGCUUGGUUACAAGCAAGAACUCAGAAGGGAAAUGACGUUGUUCAAGACACUUGCAAUAACAUUUUCAUGCAUGUCAGUGUUCACUGGUACACCUCUCUAUGGCCAAAGCUUGCGUUAUGCAGGUCCUGCAACUUUAAUAUGGGGAUGGUUAGUUGUCACCUUCUUCACAUGGUUUGUCGGAAUAGCCAUGGCUGAAAUUUGUUCUUCUUUCCCGACCACAGGUUCUCUUUAUUUCUGGGCUGCCCAUUUGGCUGGACCCAGUUGGGGCCCAUUUGCAUCAUGGUGCUGUGCUUGGCUUGAGAUAAUUGGUCUGACAACUGCAAUAGGAGCUCAGGCAUAUUCAGCAACACAAGCAUUUCAGAUGUUCAUUCUUAUAGCCACUGGGACAAACAAGGGUGGAGGCUAUUUUGCUUCAAGGAGUGUCUUUGUGUGCAUGUAUAUGGGCAUAACCCUCAUUUGGGCAGUACUAAACACUUUUGCUCUGCAAUUCAUAGCAUUGCUUAACAUAAUCUCCAUAUGGUGGCAGGUGAUUGGUGGUUUGCUUGUGAUUAUAAUGCUACCUCUGGUGGCACCGUCAACACAAACAGCUUCUUCUGUCUUCACUCAUUUUGAAACAUCUCCCGAGUCGACUGGGAUAUCUAGCGUACCUUAUGCAGUGGUUUUGUCAGUGCUUCUGAGCAAUUACUGUCUGUAUGGAUAUGAUGCUGCAGCUCAUCUUACGGAAGAGACAAAAGGUGCAGAUAAAACUGGACCUGUAGCUAUUCUCUCCAGUAUUGGGAUAAUAUCAGUGUUUGGUUGGGCUUAUUACUUAGCUCUCACUUUCAGCAUCCAGGAUCUGGACUAUUUAUACAGUGCAGACAAUGAGACUGCUGGUGUACUUGUACCAGCACAGAUAAUAUAUGAUGCAUUUCAUGGAAGGUAUCAUAAUUCCACUGGAGCUGUGAUUUUCCUGUUUAUUAUCUGGGGUUCCUUCUUCUUUUGUGGGCUGUCUGUCACCACUACUGCUGCCCGAGUAGUUUAUGCUGUAUCAAGGGAUGGAUGUAUGCCUUUUUCACCAGUGUGGAGAAAAGUAAACCCGAGGAACAAGGUUCCAACAAAUGCUGUGUGGCUCUGCGCUGCCAUCACUAUGCUUCUCGGAUUACCCAUCUUGAAAAUGGACAUAGUAUUCAUAGCCAUCCUUUCAAUUAGCACCAUUGGCUGGGUGGGAGGUUAUGCUGUACCAAUCUUUGCUAGGCUGGUGAUGGCUGAAGAGAACUUCAAACCAGGACCCUAUUAUUUGGGUAGAGCAAGGCGGCCAGUUUGCUUGGUGGCUUUCCUCUGGAUAUGUUAUACCUGUUCAGUCUUCCUAUUGCCGACUUCUUACCCUAUUCGAUGGAAAACUUUCAAUUAUGCACCAGUGGCCCUGGGUGUUGUUUUGACACUAGUGAUGGUCUGGUGGGCGUUGGAUGCUAGGAAAUGGUACAAAGGACCUGUAAGAAACAUUGAUGUACAAAAUGGAAACAAUCAGCAUCCGCAGUCACACCACUAAGUAGAAAAGAAAGCUAUACCCUAUCAUGUUCCAAAUUCCAAAUUUAUUAUGACACUGAUCAAAUCCAAAAGAAUACAUGAUCUCUUUUCCUUUGACAUCAGGUUAAGCUUAGCACAUGAGAUAGUUUAUACCAAAAGUCUGAAGAUGAUUGCUAUUUCAAAAUGGCUUUAAUGCCUGUUCAUACUUCAUAGUAUGCUCUUUUCACUUCCAAAAAUAAUUGAAUACACAAUUGCAUAGAGGCGGGGAAGGAUUAACAAUCUGGCACACAAUCGAGUGCUCUACAGAGGAAACAUGGUCUGACAGUAAUAUAUGUACAGCAAGGGAAAAGGCAUGAGAAGGUUGGGAAUGGAUGGCCUUUGAUAAUUACAGAUGACACCCAAUUGCAAAAAGAGUUGAAGUGUAUUCCAUAAAAUGCGAUGACACCCAAUUGCAAAAAGAGUUGAAGUGUAUUCCAUAAAAUGCGAUGACAAUUAGUUUGCUCCACUCCAAUCAAGGUGUUCAUUGCAGUUCCAAUUCCUCUGUUCCUCAGCAAAAACCUGCUGCCUUCUUCAAUGAAACGCUGAAACAGUGCACUUGUCGGGUCCAAUCCUGGAAAAUACAACAUCAUCAGCAAUUGGUCUUGAUAUCCACCCAAAACUACUUCUUUACAAAACAAUGUAUGUGAAACUAUUAUAAAUAUAUUUGUUAGCAAGGGAAAACAUAAA